CUCUUUUUCAUCAUUACACUUCUCUAUCAUUGGCAUAUUUCUUUUACACUACCCACUCACUAAAUCGUCAUCGAUGUUUUCGCAUUGAAUCGAUGCAAUCCAAAUCAGCCAGAGAGUACCAAAUAUUGUCGGUAUUACAACAUUGGUGGAUAGCAGAAGUUGCUUGAGCUACGUGAAAUCAACAAACAAAAAAAGUCGAAUAUUGGUAAAAUUCGUAAAAUUGUAAUCGACAGACGAACGGAGAGCACGUGUGCAUUUCCCACAACCGCCAGUUAUGCUGUUCCGAGACGAUGACGUCGAGGGCAUCUGAGAUGUGCUAUGGAGUGCUCAAUAGUAAACACAGUAGGCUUCGUGAUGUUCGACUGUUUGAUACGUUCGACAUGAUUGGAACUUGUGUUAGAACUUUCAUUAGAACUUUUACAUUUCAGCUGACCAAUAUAACUACAUGGACCCCGGUUGAUCUGAUAGAUGCCACCCAUGGUGGCGAAGGACUAGCGGUGAUUCUACUCAAUCGACCAAUUUUGCUACACAAGGAAUACUUCCGAUCCGUAUGGAACAAUGCUACGAUUCGAGUAGCUGUCGAUGGAGGCACGAAUCGGUGGGUGGAUUUUGUGAAGAAUCAAGUAAGCGCCGAUGAACAUCUCAAGCCACCGGACUUGGUGACGGGUGAUUUUGACUCAUGUACCGAUGAGUCUAUGGCUUACGUGACGCGGUUGAAUUGUACCAUUAUCAAAACCCCCGACCAGAAUGCUACCGAUUUCACUAAAUCACUGAAAGCACUGCAAGACACCGAACGUGGCGCUGAAAUUAACCGGGUGCUUGUGCUGUGUGAAAGUUCCGGUCGGCUGGACCAAAUCAUGGCCAACAUUAACACACUCUUCCUAGCACGUUCCAUACUGCCGAAUGCAUUUGUUUUCUUACGAUCCAGCAAUUCGCUCAGUUGGCUACUGCCAGCUGGCAACCAUCGGAUUAACAUUCCUCCUCGGUUAGUUCAUGAGCGCAUCUGGUGCGCCCUCAUUCCGAUUGGGAACCGUGCCGUCUGCAGUACCAGUGGGCUUCGCUGGAAUCUGAACGAUCGGGUGGUCGAGUUUGGCAGUCUGGUGAGCACUUCGAAUACUUACUCGGAUGAGGAGGUAAAUAUUCGGACGGACAGCAAUCUGCUAUGGACCAUGGGCACAACACCGAAGGACAUGUAGGAAUCCAUGUUCGAAGAAGGAAUUGCUUUUAUUAUUAUUCGUAAACAGAACUUCACUGUCACAAGGGCUGCGCUUAAAACGCUUAUGUAUCUCUCUGUAAUUAUUUUUUUCCCUUGUUUUCAAUUGAGUUCAUAAAAAGUAUGCAACUUAAAUUGCGUAUAAAGCGAUCAAUUAAUGGUGGUAAAGUUUUAGAAGGGCGCAUAAUGAAGAUGAAGGUAUUAUUACAAUAUGAGAUCUGUUAACUUUCUGAAUGAGACGUGGUUAUACAAUGACAACAAUAAAAAUUCAAUUAGUUUGA